GGAGAGGCAGCAGCAGCAGAGGAGGGCUAGAGCAGCCGAGGCCAGCAGAACUUUAGUUAGUGAGGCCGGUGCUACAGCAGACAUGGCCACUACAGCCAUGUCCACUUCUGCGCAGCAGACUUCCCAAGCCAGUAGUUCAGGUGUCGUCGGGUCAACGGUCGCGCAGACCGUGAGUCAGUCCACUGGCAUUAUGGCAAGCCAGGCCACGGUGUUGACCCCAGAGGAUGUCGCCAUCCAGCAGGCAGCCCUGCAGGAGGCACAGCUACAGCGAGCAUUAGGAGAGAUAAAAGCGGAAAAGGAAAGGAUGAUCAGAACGAGAGCCAGGAUGCAGCGGAGAGGGGCAGAUAUAGAGGAGUUAGAGACGAUGAACCUCACGCAUAUGGAUGAUGAUGUGAAGGUAGUUAGGAGGGCCCUGCUAGGCGUUAUAGAGAUGCAGGAGCAUCAAACUACCAUCCUUCAGGACAUUCAACAGAGCCUAGCCGUUUUGGCAGGCCGUGCUCAGGCAGCACCAUCACCAGCCGGGCCUGGUGCCUGGCCCAUGCCAUAUCCUCCCUUUUUUGUCCCACCGGUGACAGGGGUAUCCCCAUAUAUAGCCCCGUCAUCGGUUGCUAUCGUUUCCCUGGGGAUGCCGCUGUCAGGAGGGGUAACAGCAGGGAGUAGUUUGCAGGUUCCUGUACAGACAGUGUUUACUCCAAGUCCGUCGCAGAUUGCAGUCACCACGCAGCCUGCUGUCUCGCAGCCUGUGCAGCCUCAGGGCACGCAGCCCCAGCAGUUAGCACAACAACCUGUGUCACCGGGUCCACAGCCCGGAGUGAUGCAAGGACCGGGACAAACUCAGUGGGUCCCAAAGACGGCCAUCGCCGCUCCCAAACCUUUCACAGCGGACAAGAGAGGCGAAGACCUCGACACAUGGUUGAGGGCAGUGCCGGUCUACGUCAGGUACGGUCUGUACGAGUUUGUGGUGAUGCCUUUUGGCCUGUGCAAUGCUCCUGGCACCUUUCAGCACGCUAUGAAUCGGAUAUUCCAAGACUACUUGGAUAAGUUUGUCAUCGUGUACCUCGAUGACAUACUUAUUUUUAGUAAGACUGUCGAGGAGCACGUAGCACACUUAGACAAAGUUCUCAGUCUCCUGCGACAGCACAAGUUCAAGAUCAACGGUGAAAAGUGCGAGUUUGGCCGCACCCGUAUCUUGUACUUGGGUCAUGAGAUCUCCGCGGAAGGGUUGAAGCCCGAUGACGCGAAGGUGGCCAGCAUCCGUGAUUGGCCACGACCUCAGUCUGUGACUGAGAUGAGAUCUUUCUUAGGAAUGACAGGCUACUACCGGACUUUUGUAAAGAACUAUAGCAUUGUGGCCGCUCCUUUGACUGAUCUGACCCGCCUUGACACCCCAUGGGAGUGGACAGAUAAGUGCGAGGCUGCUUUCAGACAUCUGAAGCAUGCGUUGACGCACUAUGAAGUCUUGAAACUUCCUGAUCCUGACAAGCUGUUUAUAGUCACCACGGAUGCCAGCCAAUAUACCAUUGGCGCCGUGCUCGCACAGCAGGAGGGGCCAAAGUUGAGGCCAGUCGAGUACAUGUCGAAAAAGAUGCCGUCUCAGAAGUCCACCUAUGAGAAGGAACUCUACGCACUGUACGUGGAUACUUGUCAAGUUUGUCAACGGGACAAGCCACGUACUCAGACUCCUCUUGGGCUUUUGAAGCCCCUUCCGAUUGCGGAACGGCCUGGUGAGAGUCUGUCCAUUGAUUUCAUGGAUACUCUGAUCACCAAUAAGAGCGGGAUGCGCCACAUCUUCAUCAUCGUGGAUAGAUUUAGUAAGUAUGCUAGGCUAGUAGCCAUGCCAGAAACAACAAGAAAGGAGUACGUGAUCCGAAUGUUCAAAGAAAACUGGGUUAGAGACUUUGGUUUACCCAAGUCUAUUGUCAGUGACAGGGAUGUCAGGUUUACCAGCGAGUUGUGGAAGGCCGUUGCUGCAGAGCAGGGCACUCAGUUGCAAAUGACUUCUGGGAAUCACCCAGAGGCCAACGGCCAGGCCGAACAACUGAACCGCGUUGUACAACACCUGUUGAGGCAUUACAUCAAGCCCAACCAGGUGGACUGGGAUGGGAAGCUUGCUCUCAUCGCCAGUCUGUAUAACAACGCGGUACACAGUGCCACUGGGGUGAGCCCGAACAGUCUACUACUGACUUUCAAGCCUAGACUACCUCUUGACUUUCUCCUACCUGAGAAUGAAUCAACUGCUGCACCGGGUACGUUAGAGUUUGCCUACAGAUACGAACAGAAAAUGCAGCAGGCGGUAGUUUUGAUGCAGAAGGCACAUGCCGCGAUGAUAGAGUCCGAAAACAGAAACCGCCGACCUUCUACAUUUCAGGUUGGGGAUAGGGUCUGGGUUAAGUCUUCAAAACUGGGACAGGAGUAUGGGAUAUCCCACAAACUCAUGCCUCGGUACUUUGGACCUUGGGAAGUCUUAGACAUCGUUGGGACAGAUCCAGAUGGGCCAUCUUAUGUUAUCCGGAUUCCUGGUCAUCUUCGUACUUACCCUGUCUUUCACGCCUCCAAGCUGGCACCUUUCAAAGAAACUGACCAGUUUCCAUCUCGUCGCUCAAUGUUGCCCCCAACCAUGGACGAAGAGGUGGACAUUGAUGAUAUUGUGGAUCACCGAGAGCUGCCGGUAUCAAGACCAGCAGGCAGGGGACGUCCUCCAAAACCGAAGCUGCAAUACCGCGUUCGGUUCCGGCAUCACACUGAUCCGAAGGAGGACCGAUGGUUCACUAGGGAGGAAUUAAUGCAGACCGCUCCUCAAGUUGUGACUCAAUACGAGAGAUCUCUGCAGAAGGGAAAGCGCCCUAUGAUCGAAGAUUGAGCUUCUCAGAGGACUGUUGAAGCUAAGGAGGAGGGAAUGCGAGGCCACUGCCUCUAAGAGCCCCACAAGG